AUGUCUAUUUGGGAAUUCUUCGUUUGGAUUGGAGCUCUAAAAAUUGCUUAUCAGCUGAUUACAUGGGUCUAUUCAAGCUAUAUUUGCAAAAUUGAUGUUGAUCAGUACAGGUAUGGAUGGGUCGCAAUCACAGGGGCAUCAGAUGGGAUUGGAAAAGGGCUCGCUUUAGAAUUUUCUCAACGAGGCUUCAAAGUGCUUUUAAUUUCCCGCAACGCAGAAAAGCUAGCAGCAGUUGUAAAAGAAAUUUUCGAAAUCACUAAAAACCCAGAUCUCAAAUAUAGAUAAAUCCUAUAAACUGCCUAUAAGGGCAGGACAUUGGAGCUGGAAACUCUCAAGUGGCUGGACCAACUUAGUAUGGUCGAACCAAUAGGAGAGUUGACAAAAGGACCUCUCUCCAGUUGGUCCAGCCACUGGAGAGUCUCCAGCUCCAAUAUAGGGCAAUUUAUAGGGUUUGCCUAUACCUCGCAGUUGAUUUUAAAUACUCUCAUAGAGACCCUGAAAAUUUUUACAAGCAAGUCAUAGCAGACCUGAGCUCCUACAAUAUCUCGAUUUUAAUCAACAACGUAGGUUUUGGAGGGCACCCACAAUUUUUAGUUAAUCAAGAUUUAUCUGAAAUAGAAGAGCUUAUUGGAGUCAAUGUUUACCCACAAACAAUGCUUUCUUACUAUCUGAUACCUGGAUUUUUGAGACGGUAUGAGGAAACCCACCAAAGGAGUUUGAUAAUGAGCUUUUCUUCUUCGGUUGAAGAAACCGUAUUACCCUCUUUAGCAGUUUAUUCUUCUGUAAAAAAGUUUGAUCACUUUUUAAGUGAAGCGAUAAGAUAUGAGUACAGUCAUGCAAUUGAUGUUGCGACGGUAAAGCCUGGGCUUGUGAUAAGCAAUAUGUCGAAAACAAGUGGGCUUAGUGGAUCACCUCUGGCUUUAACUGUUGAGACUUAUGCUAAAAGCUUAAUAAACAACUUGCAUGCAGGAGUCAACUAUGGGCACUGGUCUCACAGCGUUCAAUCAUAUUUUUUCUGGAGAAUUCCUUAUCAAAUAAUAGGAGAAAUUAUGUGGCGCUGAUGAAAAUUGGGAAGCUUGCUUACUAUGGAGCAGAUCCAUCCUAAUGAAGCUGAAAGCAGGGUCUCUGUAUCUUUUGAAGUAAGCCUUCAGGCUUAGGAAUGAUGAAGAGGGAAGUUUUUUUUCUCCCCCUGAAGGUUUUCCUGACCCUGUCAGAUUAGCUAGACAUGUUUUGCCUAUCACAUUGUCUUCGUCUAUCUGGACUAUUGUGGUAUCUCACAGACGAUGACUUGCCUAAGAGAGAGCUUAUCACCUGGACAGGUGGUUCAGACCAGAAAUCCAAAAUGGCAGCCUUUCAUUUCCCUCAUUCAAACUCCAAUGUCUAUGAAGGCAGCUAUUCUUGUAGCCGUGAUGGGGUGGCAGUGAGCUUGCCCUCUUAUAGCCAGUUUAAUCGUUUUAUUUAAUUUUAUCAAAUAAUGUCAACCCUUCUUCAUUUGCUAUUACCUUUGCUAGUGAAGCUGAGAAUUAUCAGGGUUAAUUAUUAA